AUGCGGUUCCAUCUCAAAAACCGGGCCUGUGUCAUACCUCCUGUAGGGGCAGCGUAUUUAUAUUUAUAGUUAAUUCGAAAUCUAAAAAGGAGUGGAUGCUAUGGUUUGUUUUCUUCUGAACGGAAAUGGGACUAUUUUAAGAGAACGAUAUUGAAUCCUUAUGCAGUGAACAUUUGUUAUUAUUAUUAUUAUUAUUAUUAUUAUUAUUAUUAUUAUUCACAUGGGACCGGUGUUGUGUUAUAGCCUGCAUCCCCUGCGUAUUGAUGUACUAUAUGCAAUCAAGUGGUUUUUGAUUAGUAAAAAACAUUGUACCGUAAUAAUGCAAAUAUAGACUAACCCUCACCCUUAACAUUAGAAAUUUAGUUUACCUCGGAAUUCCAACAAAACAAACCGUGACGAAAGUGCGGAAGACGAAUCGCCAGACCACCUGAUUGCACAUAGUAUAAGCAGCGGAUGCAGAAUUUUGUGGGAUACAGAAUAUUACACAACACCGGCACCAAGGCACACACCUUUUAAACUUCAAACAUCAAGAAAUUCUGUAAGAAAAAAGAAGAACUAUCGAAAAUAAUGUCGGGGCCUAGCCAGGGAAAAUACUGUGGAAAUGUGAGUCCUCGGCCUUCUAUUAAAAGUUAUAAAACUGCAAAUCGAAGAGCUUCCGAAUUUGACUCGAAAAUUGACAUUGAGCUAAAAUUAGCUAAUCACAGUGGCGCCUUUUCCGGGGCUGAGUGUAUCUCUGAUACGUUUCCGACAGAAACAGUCAAGAGUUAUUCUUUCCGGUGUGAAGAAUCGAAUCUUUCACCGAAUGUGAAUGAAGAAGCGAAAGUGGAAUCAGGAAACUUGAACGAGUGGGAAGCUAAUUCAGAAAUGGCUGGAAAAAGAUCCAAAGGUAAGCCUUUCAUUGGUGCCAGCCAAGGAAAGAGGAAAGACCCCAUAAAGAAAGAUGUGGGUGAAGCUAAGGCAUCAAGAUAUUCUGAUGACGUUAAUGGAAACAGUGAUUCUGAUGGUGCAGGGGGGGAUGCUGGUUCCACAGCAGUUCACCAAGAUAAUGAAUCACAUGAACUGAAAAAUAAAAUUCAGCAUUCCCAAACCAGCAAUGAGAAAGAAAGAGAGCGAGGUUCCAUUCAAUCGCUGAAGCCGUCACAAAUGCGGCAUAGAAAAAACAACACAGAAGAUAAUAGGGUUCCACAAAAUAUCCCAACCAGUAAAGAGACGGUGGGAAAAGGAAUCUACAGGCUACUGAAUAUCCUUUUAGUUCUAGUUCUGGUGGCUCUGCUUGUAGGGGGUAUAUUUCUGCAUGUUUACAAGCUCAAGCCCCCGGCCACAGAUGAAAAUCCAACCCUCCAGGCCUUUCAAAUGAAGCUCAAGCAAUUGAAGUCCCGCUUUUCCAGCCAGAGAGAAGAAUUGUGGAAGAGAAGCAAGAUCCUCCUUGAGAAGCACCUCUUAUCAGCUCAACCCUCAGAGCCAGCCAGCAUGAUACUGACCUCCGGGCAGAGUGCUCAGAAGACUCUGCACUGUCUCGCAAGCCAGCUUGCCGAGGCUUAUUCCUCGGCUUUGAACGCCAGCGUUGUCCAGAUGGACGGGUCUGGCCUGUCCUCUGUGGACAGUGACCAGGUCAAGCUGCUGUUGGAUGAAAAGUUGAAAAGCAGCUUUGAAGGUAAUAAGCGAACGGCAGUGAUCCACCGAUUGGAAGAGCUUCCCCCAGGUGCAACCCUCAUCUUUUACAAAUACUGCGACCAUGAGAAUGCAGCCUAUAAGGCAGUGGCACUCAUCUUCACUGUCCUGCUCGACGAGGAGGAGCUGACCCCCGGGCUGAAUCUGGGCGCAGUGGAGGAGAAGGUGCGGGAUUACAUUCAGAAGAAGUUUAUCAAUUCAGAGCAGCCUGAUGCGUUCAACAGGAUGGAUGCCGACAAGCUAGGGGGCCUUUGGAGUCGCAUCUCCCACUUAAUUCUGCCUGUUACUGCCGAGAUGGGCAUUGAAAACCAAGGCUGUGAUUCUGCUGACAGUAAAUAAGUACUUGUGUUCAUCGAUUGCUCUUUCCAAGUUUUGGUACCAGGAUUGUAUAUGUCCAUGGACAUUUUAAGCUGUCUAUUGAAAUCAAUAGUCCCCCUAUUGUAACUCCACUAUUUGUCAAUACUUUCUGGAAAGGGUAUAAUGACUACAUAACCAUGAUAUAGAGCAUUCUUUUUUUGUACAUGGCACAUUUACCAGCAGUGUAUGUCAAAAGGCAAACCAAAUUAAUAAAAAAGGGGAGGGUUUCUUCCUGGUUAUUUAGGAGUUUCUGUACACAUUUAAUGACCCUUGCGUUGGACUUAAGGGGCCAGAUUUCCUAAGCUUUGGCUAAAAUUCCCUAUUUAUAUUGAAAUGAAGCAAAACCAAAAUUUCAAUCUGCACCAAACUAGUUUCUUAGUAGUUUUCUUUUUCACAAUAUUGUUUCCUUUCAGAAAUAAAUGGUGCCAAGAAAGUACCACAGCAAAAAGCCAAGGCCCUAUAUUUGGAUUCCAACAGUUGUUCUAGAUUAGGUCUCUAUGUAAAUUUCAACAGCAGGGAUUCAGUCUUCUAAUGAAUGUAAAUAAUAUAUGAAGGAUAGCAGUACAUGUUUAUUUUGAGCUGAUUCAUUUUUAAUCCCGCAUGCCUUAAGGGUAUCUUUCUCACGCAUUUGUGUUCGUUUUUUGUUUUAUUUUAAUGUCAUUUUUAACUUUGGUCAUUCUUUUUUGUUUCUGUGUUAAAUUCAUUGAUAUGCAAGAUGUCUUGCUUUUAUUUUAAAGCACUGGGUAACUAGCAUAACCCUUGAGAUUCUGUGCUAUAGUCCAUUAACUAUAACCAGACGCCUUGCACUAGGAAGGAGGGGGAGGGGGAGGGGUCCUGCAUGAAGGCAAGUCAUUUUUGUUUUAACCUUAUGUGCACUUAACGAAUCAGAUGCAAUUUUUAUCUUGUAUAAAGAAGUACUAUUUUUGUGCCUUAAUAAAUAUUUCAAUUGGUAAA